UCAAAAAACAUUCGACGAAAAUAACAACAAAUCAUUUUCCAUACAAAAUUUUAUUUAUCCCGAACCUCGUAGAAAAUCGUAGAAAAUUUCCACUUAACAAUCCGCGUACGCCAUACGCCACGCCACAAAAUGGGAAACAAACAGGUGAAGCAACACUUUGAGACUGCGAAGAAAACGGGCGUGCUGAAGAUCUCCCUCCUGCGGCUGGACGAAUUUCCCUCCGCGCUGAAAACAUUCCCCAACGUACUGAAAACGCUGGACAUAUCGGAAAAUCGAUUCACGGUGCUGCCCGAAGACAUAGCCAAAUUUACGCUCCUCAAGCAUCUGAACGCGAGUGGAAACAAAAUCGCCAUCGUUCCCGAAUGUAUCGGCGUGCUGGUCAAGCUGGAAACACUCAACAUGAUGAACAAUCUGCUGACGUCCGUACCGCGCAGUUUGGCCAGCUGCACCCAUCUGAAGCAGGUGAUCCUUAGCAACAACCAGAUCACCGCGUUCCCGGUAGUGUUCUGUGAGCUGAAGCAGCUGGACCUGCUGGACCUAUCGCGGAACAAAAUCACGGAGGUUCCGCCGGAGGUGAAAUCGUUGCAGGUUACCGAGUUAAACUUGAACCAAAACCAAAUCACCAUCGUCGCGGAAGAGAUUGCCGACUGUGGGAAGCUCAAGACGCUCCGGCUGGAGGAGAACUGUCUCCAGAUAGCGGCCAUACAUCCGAGGAUUUUGAUCGAGUCGAAAGUGUGCAAUCUGUGCGUGGAUGGGAAUCUGUUCAACUCGAAACAGUUCACCGAAGUGCAGGGAUACGACGCGUACAUGGAACGGUACACGGCGGUGAGGAAAAAGAUUUCCUAGACGAUUCCUUCGUCCCACCGGAAACCAUCCCUAAUUUUCCGAGGCAGUUUACAGGCCCUGUGGCACACGUGUUUGGAUGUAACUUUAUUUGAAACCCCCUAUCACCGUCUAUCACGCAUCUUUUUAUCGAAAUUCAGACAACGACAAUGCAGUGUACGUGUACGACCACAUCGCUUGUGUUGAUAGAUCUAUUUAGUCGCUAAGACAUGGUUGACGUACUCGGCGGAUAGCCGGAAGUAAAACCAAUAUUUUGUUAUCGUUUGCAUAUUUUGAAAUAAAUUGUACGUUUUAAAGCAUCGAAA